AUGAUCAAUAUAUUAGUAAAAUUAUUGUUUCCAAAUAUUCAAAGCAUUAGAGCAUCUGAUUGUGCCACCCUGCAAACAUGGGCUUUUGCAUGUUAUCGUGAUUAUAAUGCAGUAUUGAGGCAUGAACUUCGAAAUCUUGUUCCCGAAUUUGUUAGGAAAUAUAA